AUGGCGAGAGAGAGGCUGAGAUAAUUUGUCUUAUCCCUUAACAAAAGAUAAAGACUUUUAAUGAUCGGAAGGAACAAGAUGAUGGGGCCACACGAACCAUACACAGAUAGAGAGAUACUCACAACACACCUUCAGUUUCAAAUAAAGAGCUUUUCUUCAGUUGCUCAGAGAGUUUUUAAGUUAAACCAACCAUGGCGAAGAUGAUGAUGUUGCAACAGCAUCAGCCUUCUUUCUCUCUUCUUACUUCUUCUCUCUCUGACUUCAAUGGCGCUAAGCUCCAUUUACAAGUCCAGUACAAGAGGAAGGUUCAUCAGCCAAAAGGAGGACUCUAUGUUUCAGCAUCGAGUGAAAAGAAGAUUCUGAUUAUGGGUGGCACUCGAUUCAUCGGUGUGUUCUUGUCCAGGCUCCUUGUCAAAGAGGGACAUCAGGUUACAUUGUUCACAAGGGGUAAGUCUCCUAUUGCCAAACAAUUGCCCGGUGAAUCUGACCAAGACUUUGCUGAUUUUUCUUCCAAGAUUCUUCACUUGAAAGGAGACAGAAAGGACUAUGACUUUGUGAAGUCAAGUCUUUCAGCAGAAGGCUUCGAUGUUGUUUAUGAUAUCAACGGGAGGGAGGCCGAAGAAGUUGAGCCCAUCAUAGAUGCACUGCCUAAACUAGAGCAGUACAUCUACUGUUCUUCAGCUGGUGUUUAUCUGAAAUCUGAUAUCUUGCCACACUGUGAGGAGGAUGCAGUUGACCCUAAGAGCAGGCACAAGGGGAAGCUGGAGACUGAGAGCUUACUGCAAACAAAAGGUGUAAACUGGACUUCUAUCCGUCCUGUGUACAUCUACGGUCCAUUGAACUACAACCCCGUGGAAGAAUGGUUCUUUCACCGUCUAAAAGCUGGUCGCCCCAUACCAGUUCCAAACUCUGGGAUACAGAUCUCACAACUCGGUCACGUUAAGGACUUGGCAACAGCCUUUCUAAACGUGCUUGGUAACGAGAAAGCCAGCAGAGAGAUAUUCAACAUCUCAGGGGAUAAAUACGUCACUUUUGAUGGGUUAGCAAGAGCUUGCGCAAAGGCUGGUGGGUUUCCAGAGCCAGAGAUUGUUCACUACAACCCGAAAGAGUUCGACUUUGGGAAGAAGAAAGCAUUCCCUUUCCGUGACCAGCAUUUCUUUGCAUCGGUGGAGAAAGCAAAGCGUGUCCUGGGAUGGAAACCAGAGUUCGACUUGGUAGAAGGUCUCACUGACUCAUACAACCUUGAUUUCGGACGCGGAACUUUCCGGAAAGAAGCGGAUUUCACCACUGAUGAUAUGAUUCUUAGCAAGAAACUUGUUCUUCAAUCCUAAGAAUCGCUCAUAGUUGGCUUGUUUUGAUUGUGAUCACCCGCAUCUCUUUAAGAUUCUCACAUUUACUGUCAUCUCACGUAUAUUUUGGUUCGGACUUUGGGACGAUGAAGAACCUUAAGUAACUAAAAAGAGACAACGGUCUGGCUCUGGCUUUUAGUAACUUGAGAAAUUUGGUUUUCAA